UCUCCGAAUAAAACCGACGCUUUCCGCGAAUGUGCGAGCUGCCUCAUUGCAAGCAGCCAUAAUUGGGAUUAUUCAGGAAUAAUUCGCCUAAUCCGGCCGCGUUGUUUUUGUUUUCUAUUUUCUUUUAAAUUGUUAUUGUGAUCAUUAAAUCAUGAUCUCGACAGCGUCGGCGAUGUGAAUCCCCUCGUGACAUCGCUGGAUUUGUCAGGAGGGGGGGGGGGAGACAAAAAAAACAUGUAUUUGUUCUGUCAUGGAGGCUUUUUAUUGAGGACUAUUGAGAUGUAGUCCACCUUCGCUGGACAGCAAAACAAAGACUGCAUAUUAACAGAUCAGGGUAAAUACAUCGCCUUUUUUUGACUGAAAGAUGGGGGAAAGCGACGUAUCGAGGCUGCUGUCUGUGUGGACUAAUUGUUCCGGUGCCACUAGCCAAUAUACAUGCCAAGACGAUUCAUUUAGGGGAUGCGCGAUCUUUUUUUCCUCUCUAUCGUUUGUGGGUGGGUUAUUGUAAGCACCGAAAAUCUGACAUCAUUUGGAUGUAUGAACAGAGCGAGAUAUAUAUUUUUUUUAUCGCGUCUGUUUCUCGGCUUCUGGAAAUCCACGUUCGACGUGAUGCAACAUAAAAUCUUUUUUCUCGGAUGAUAUUCAGACACAGACCAAACCAACACAUCCCUCUCCACGAAACUGUAAAAAAGGGGUGGCAGUGGUGAUGUUUUCUUUUUUCUUUUUAAAAUACAUAUACAGAUAUACACGUCUCUUUAAUGUGGCUUAACGGCAGAGUCCUCAUCCCGGAUUGUUUGAUCAGCUGUUGAUUAUUAGAUAGCCUCUGCCAUCUUAUGCUUAUUAUAUGUUGCUCAGUGCGAUUUCCUCGCGAUGGAUUUAUGCAUAACAGGUGUUGUUUGAGCCCGAGAGCACAGCAAGAGCAUGAGGCUUUAUUAUGUGUUUUUGUCUCGAUUUAACACACAGUGAAACAAAGCGACUGGGAUCCAUUUUUUUGUUGUUUGUUUUUGCCGUCAAAGAAGAGCAGCCACCCCCCCCCCCACAAAAAAAAAAAAAAAAUGAGGGGAUGAAAGGUGGUGAGGUUGUGGACAAAGAGGAAAGAUGAGUCUGUCGUGUAGAAAAGAUCCUCACGGCCUCUCCUUGUAAAGACGAGGGAGCCGUGGGAGACGACGGCUGUAGGAGGAUCUGUAGUGUUUAUAAAGGGCCCGAACCAGGCAGGCUCUUGUGGAAGGGGAUAGAAUGGCUAACCAGAGCUUUGCCAUCGAUGGCCCCGGCAGUCUGCUGGCUGUGCUGGCCUCACAGAGUGGACUGGCUAGAAGCAGCAGCAGCAGCAGCAGCAGUAGCGACAGCAGCAGCAACAGCGGAGGAAUCUCUGCCACAGAUGUGUCUGCCUACUUUAAGCUGGUCUUUUUGGGCUUGAUCAUCUGUGUCAGCCUCGUAGGCAACCUCUUGGUCUCCUUGCUGGUCCUACGAGACAGGACACUUCACAAGGCUCCCUACUUCUUUCUCCUGGACCUGUGCCUGGCCGAUGCAGUUCGAUCUGCUGCCUGCUUCCCCUUUGUGCUGGUUUCUGUCCACAACAGCUCGGCCUGGACUUACAGUGCCUUGAGUUGUAAAGUUGUGGCUUUUAUGGCUGUGCUGUUUUGUUUUCACGCUGCCUUCAUGCUGUUUUGUGUGGCUGUCACCCGCUACCUUGCCAUCGCCCACCACAGAUUCUACGCCAAGCGCAUGACCAUCUGGACCUGCGCCGCCAUCAUUUGCAUGGUGUGGACUCUGGCUGUCGCCAUGGCGUUCCCACCUGUCUUUGACGUGGGGACAUACAAGUUCAUCCGUGAUGAGGAUCAGUGCAUUUUUGAACACCGCUACCUGAAGACCAACGACACCCUGGGCUUCAUGCUCAUGCUGGCAGUGGUGGUCCUGGCCACCCACGGUUUCUACGCCAAGCUGCUGCUGUUUGAGUACCGGCACCGCAAGAUGAAACCUGUCCAGCUAGUGCCAGCUAUCAGCCAGAACUGGACCUUCCAUGGUCCUGGGGCCACAGGUCAAGCCGCAGCUAACUGGAUUGCAGGGUUCGGUCGUGGUCCCAUGCCACCCACUCUGUUGGGCAUCAGGCAAAAUUUACACAAUCAACACCGGCGGCUGCUCGGGAUGGAAGAGGUGAGGUCAGAGAGGAGGCUAGGCAGGAUGUUCUACACCAUCACCCUGCUCUUCCUGGUCCUCUGGGCUCCCUACAUUGUGGCGUGUUUCUGGAGGGUGUUCGUAAAGUCCUGCACCAUCCCUCACAGGUACCUUUCCAUCACAGUGUGGAUGAGCUUUGCUCAAGCCGGAGUCAACCCUAUCUUCUGUCUCCUGCUCAACGAGGACCUGAGAAAAGUGCUGAGAGCUCACCUGCCAACCUACUGGAGGACUAAACAACACCUACCCCAGGACGAGGCCUACUGCAUUAUGUGAUAAGAUGUGAAGAGAAUGUUUCAGGUCUUAAAUGGAAAUUUGGAGAAUAGACGUGAUGUAAUGCACCUUGGUUAAGUGUCUGUUAUGUUGUUUUGCACAACAAAAUCCAAUUUUUGCCAACAAAUGCAGGCACAGUGCUAUUUCAAUACGAAUGUUGAGUUUUGUGUAAAUGUGUCCGGUGCAAUGGUUUGAGCCAAGAGGCCAAUAGAAAAGCCCCGGUAACACUUAAACGGUUUGCAUUUCUGAUGAUGUACUGUAUGAUUAAUGAGUAGGGAAAGAUCACAACAAUCACCGCUCCAACUAAGUGUGACAGAUGCCAUUUUAAAAUAACGUUGCCUUAUUUCAGUGGGACACGCCCCAGAGCUUUCGACAGAGAAUUAGUUUCUGUGUCAGAUGAGGCACUAAACAGAUAAACAGAGAGUUGAAAUCCUUGAAGAAAUGUGCUGUGGACUGUGAAUAGAAAGUGUUAAUCAGAGCCUUACUAACUCUGAAACACAUCAAGGAACUCAAAAGGGUCUGAACGGAUUGGUAGACCACCCUGGACGCCUUUUCAUGUAAUUCAAAGAAGACUGCAUAUUGAAUGGACCCAAUAACCUUGGAUACAUUUAAAUAGCUGUUGUGAACCCAAGAAGCCCCUAACAUGCUUGAUUUUUUGGACUUGAUUUAGGGCGUGUCAGGUUUCUUUGUAUCAUAAAAAAUUGCCUGUUUUCCUUUAUUUGUAAACUAUACAUGUUAAGCAGAUGACACUAUUUUGAAAUAUGACUUGAUUUCAUAUUGUAUAGACUGUACAGGAAUGUAUAUUCCUGCUUGUGUGUUUUUAUAUAGCAACUGUGUGUAUGUGUGUGUGAGAGGAAGCGGUAGAGAGAUAGGAGAGGAAGGAGGGAGGAAGAUGUGAGGAAUAAUGACGAUCGAAUAGGUUCCAGUGAUAUUGAGUCAGUAUGAAAGCAGCCUCAUCUUGGUGUCCCAAAAUCAUACAAAACUGAACAAUCAUCAUAUGGAAAUUUAUCCUUUAAAUGGAUUUCUGUGACUGAAAAUGUAGUCUGAUUUUUUUAAUGGUAAUGUACAAGGGAAUGUGAACUACAGAUGGAUAAUGAAAAAGGGGACAGAAUAAUUAGAAAACAACACUUGCACGCUGCAAACAGCCCACAGGAUUUAAUGACUUGAAUGGCGAUGUAAAUUAUGUCGGUUUAAAAAAAAUCAUUAGCAAAUGAACAUUUAUUCAUUUGUUUAUUUAUUUAUUCCACAAAGGAUGAUCUUAGGAAUGUUUUAGAGUAUGCUUUUACUCUCUGUCACCAGAACGCAGACAAAGAAAAAAAAAAAGAAGAAGAAGAAGAAGAAAUGAAGUGGUACUUAAUGUGAUGGAUACUUGAAUGUUAAAAGGCCCUCUUACAUUUCCCCCCUCAACAACCAUUUGAGUGUCCUGGAUCACAGGAAUUUCAAAAUUUAAACGUCAGCCUGGACACGACCCCAGAGAUGUUUGGUGUAUGGAAACCGGCUUAGACUACGUUGUUUCUCCAAAUUACGAUUCAUGUAAUACAAAUGUCAAACCUACAGUAUGUUAGGCAUAGAUAUAUUUGUGCAGUCAAUUUUCUAAAUGUGGACACUUGCACAGCAUACUGUAUUAGCAUGCAUUCCACUGCAUUUCAUAGAUUCAGGACUGUGGAUUACAACUUGUACAGAUGUUGAUAUGGAAAGAAGAAGUGAAAAGCGAACUGAGGUCCAUAAUUUUUACGUCUGGCAUUCCUUCGCGAGAUGAUAUUCUGUAACUGUACAGUUAAACUGAGGUGGUUCUUUUGCCCACUCAUCAAUAAAGACUCUACUUUUGAUGCA